AAUGUUGAGCACUAUAUCUCUGUAGCAUACUGAAGCAAAAGACCAUUCAAAUUAAAACAUCAAAUUACUAAGACUCGUAUACCUGCAUUUUGCACGAGAUAACAUCGAUUUAAUUUCACAACUAUAAAUCCGAAUCAAUUUCUCUGAUCUGUUUCUUAUUCUUCUGUAUUUUAUUCUUUUCCGUUAAAAAAUGGCUACUUUAGCCGGGCUACAAAGUGGAGCCUUACCCAAACACCAUUUAAUCAACAUCUCCAAAAAACAUAAAAACAACAACUUGUCUACGAUUCCCCUUAUUAACAGUUUAGUUACUGAUGGCGACCUCGGAUUUUCACCGGAAGCCACUUUUGACCCCGAAAAACUUCAAAACGCCGUUGAUCUUUUGACCUCUCCAAAUGCUCACCUACUGAAAAAACGCCACAUGAACAUUUUGUAUAAAAUAAUUGCAAUUUAUGAUUUUGGCUUCCCAUUAGAUAGUUUAGUUAGCGUUCUGACCAUUUUAAACUCGUGCGCCGAGUUAGCUACUGAUGAUCAAGAGUACGAACCCGUAAUGGUUUCAAUUAUUUCUCUUUUUCAGCAUCCUUUUAUCAUGGCCCAAUCAUCUGAUCAAAUUUCAUUCCGUGUAAUUGUCACCGAUACUUUUGCCCAGUUAGCUUUCCUUUUAAGAGUAGACAGCGUCGAGAUUCGCUCGGCAAUUCUCGAAACACUUCUUGUUUUAUACACGAGACGCGAAGUGGCACAGCCAGCCAAGGAAACGAAACGAGUUUCCUUUGAUUUUCUGAUCCGAGCCAUCGAAGAUUCAGGUGUUGCCGAGACUGUAAUGAAGGCUCUAGCUUUGGUCAACAAUGAUCAAACUUCCUUAAAAGGACUUUUUUUCAACUUCCUGCAAUCUGCUUCUUUUUCUGAGCAAAACUGCAACUUUAUGCUAAAUUCGACAGCAGGUUAUAUUCUCUGCAUGAUUUUAGUUGAUAACCUGAAUGACUACAAACUAGUACAGCAAACUACAGAAAUAGUUUGGAAUUUGAUAAGUUUUGGAGAAGAGCAAGAAGUUUUGAAUCAGUUGUCAAAUUUGCAGUGCUUGCAAGCACUCCACCAACUUUUCACUUCUGAACUCUGCCAAAGUCAUAGUGAGUACCAUCGCACGGUUAGAAAUGACGUAAUAGCAAUUAUUACUCUGAUUGCAAGGGCAAACCCACAAGGUCCUUUGAUAGAAUCCGGAAUAGUCAAAACUUGCCUCCAGAUUUUGACUUGUGAAGAAACAAAAUCAAGAAGCGCUUUGAUGAAGCAUAUAAAGUUUCACAACAACGCUGAAGAUUUUGAGUUUAAAAAACACUUAAUUGCGCUGGUUUUGUGCUUUGUCCAAAAUAAAUCCAGUUUUAGCUUGUUCACGGAGACGAAACUUUUUCACGCCCUGUUUCAUUACAUGAAACCGAUCGGUAAAAUAGAAAGCAAUUUUGACCUUUCGCGCCUCGAGGAGAUACAACUUCAGUGUAUUUCGACUAUUUGCAGUUUGACAAACUACUUCCCCGAACUGACAAUGCUCCCUCAGUCUGUGAAGAGCGCAUUAGCUUUUCUCGACUGGUGCAUAGACGAUGUAAAUGACCCUUACUUGAGCCAGGGUAAUAGUUUCUUCUCAUCUGGCGGUCGACAUAGCAAAAGGUCACAACUACGUUACACAAUGCGGUAUUUAAAACUGAUAGUCAAAUCAUCAGGCGAGGAAGCGAUGUGUUGUCUGAUAGAACACGAGUUAGUUCUUAAACUGACAUUACUGGUCGACGACUUAAUAAAAGAACUCGAAAAUCCGACAGUCGACAAAAAUCCGAUCACAGAUAAACGUGACGAAAAAGAAGCGCUAUGUUUAGACAUCAUAUGUGAAAGUUUGUACGUCUUGUCUACGUUCUGUGAGCAACUAAGUGAUCACAAAGAGCUUCUUUCAAAAGAUGCUACAGGACUGUUAGUUUACAUUCUCAAUAUCGAUUCUGAAAAAGUGUGUCGAGGCUUGGGCUACAACAAACUCCUGACCGCGACUUUGGAAGCUAUUUUGUGCUGUGUAAUUGGAAGCUCGUCCAAUGAAAACAGUUUCUUAGAAAGUUCUGGAAUUUUCGCGCUGCUUGACCUGCUGGAACACAGACCAAAGUACCUUCAAGCUAUAAUUCUGGGUUGUAUUUUGGAUCUCAUGGAAAAUUCGAACUCAUUAGCUCAUGUUCUAACCUGGGAGAAUCCUGAUCAAAUAAAAGCUCCAAAGUUGAUGAUCAAUUUAUGGAAAGAAACCGAAAAAGAUUUGAAAGUAAGCCGCGAAGAAUCUGGAAUAAUCCAGGACAAUCAAGACCCUCUAGGAACCCUUUCACUCCAUGACGAAGACACUUCAACUCAAAAAAUUUCAAGUACGACCAAAACAAAAUCGAUAGUCGAAGUUUCAGAGAAUUUGCGUGCCAAAAUAUACUCUUUCUUCCUCAAAAUUCCCCGAGAUGAUAUAGACGGUCUGCUGCCAUCAGAUUGCGUUUGGCUGUCAAUGAUCGAAAAGUACCUGGAUUUCAAAUCUGCAGAAGUCUGGAGAGAAAUAACAGAAGAGCUGAGCAAUGGACCUAUUCGACCGACAACACCAGAUAGAGAAGUGCUGGAAUCGAUAAACAGAAUCAGUCAGGAAAAAGCCUCGUCAGUGCAAGCCCAGCAGAAUGACAUCUAUGACUCAAUUCUAAGCCAAGAACACACUGACGAGCAAAUGUUCUAUGGCCACAUGCGAGCCACAAUGCGACAACAGGAAAAACUGGUCGAAGAUUUCCAAGCGUAUGUGGAUCGAACUUCAAACUACGAUUCACUGAAGUCGGCGAAACGGGAACAAAAUCAAGCGAUCGAGGCUUCGCGAGGCUCCUACGCCAAGUACAGGAAAGACAAAAGUUUCCACAUGACGAAUAUUGAAGGAGAUCUGAACACGACAGUGUUUUCAGGAAAAUUCGUCAACGCAGAUCACGUGGCAGAUCAUGACGUGAUAAAAACUAAGCCAAUGAUGACUACGGCGACUUCGUCGAGACGAGAAGCAAGAUUCAGCGCAGACUGAAAAGAAAUAACAACUAAUUAAUAUCUCCACUAACUAAUUAAUAGCUGCUUGCUCAUAACUAUAUGUUAUUACCUGUCUGAGUUUUCUUUGAUAAUCAAAACACGGUAGGUAAUCCAA